CCUCUUCUCUUCUGGGUUGGGUUGGGGUUAGAGAGAAAUGAGAAAGUGUUUGUUACUACCACAGCGAGUUUAGGUCUGGAAAAACGAAAUGGCAACGAUUUCUAAGAUAUCGUCACUGUUAUUCUCUUCAUCCAAACCUAAACUCAUUCACCACAUCCUCUCUCCUUCUUCUAAUCUCAGAACCCUCACCACUGCUUCUUCCAGAAUCACAAAGACCAAGAAAACAGAAGCAGCACUUGCCAAGGAAAAGAGAAGAACGCGUUCUGACAAAGAACUCGACCAGGAGACAAUUAUUGAGCUUUACAACAAUAACUCUCAUCUUCAUGUUCCUGUUAUGCUUUCUCAAGUCUUAGAUGUUUUCUCAAAUUGUUCCUUAACUUCUUUUGUUGAUUGUACUCUUGGUGCUGCUGGUCACUCUACAAAUGUGAUUAGAGGUCAUCCGGAGUUGAAGUAUUUUGUUGGGAUGGAUGUGGACCCUGUGGGGCGUGACACGGCUCAAUCCCGCAUCAGUUCAGUUUUGGACGAUAGGGAGUCUAGUGUGAAAGUGUUUACUGUGUUAAGGAAUUUUAGGCACAUCAAAUCUGUGCUUAGAGGAACGGGCGAGGAGCACUUAGGGGCUGCGUCUAUUGAUGGCAUCUUGAUGGACCUGGGCAUGUCAUCUAUGCAGGUGGAUGAUCCUCAAAGAGGGUUCAGUGUGCUUGGUGAUGGACCCCUUGAUAUGCGCAUGGAUCCUCAGGCAAGCCUUAAAGCAGAAGACAUAUUAAAUUCUUGGCCAGAUACUGAAGUGGGCCGUAUCCUAAGGGAUUAUGGGGAAGAGAGUAAUUGGCGUACUCUGCAGAAGAAAAUUGUCCUAGCCCGUUUAGAAGGUGGAUUACAUUCCACUACCGACUUGCUGGAUCUCAUUCAGCGUGUGACUCCUGGAAUGAAAGGGGGGAGACAAGGUUGGAUAAAAACAGCAACCCGGGUAUUUCAAGCAUUGAGAAUCGCUGUCAAUGAUGAACUGAAGACUCUUGAGGAUUCUCUCUAUUCUUGUUUUGACUGUCUUGCACCUGGUGGAAGGCUUGCUGUCAUAUCCUUUCACAGUUUGGAGGACAGAAUUGUGAAGCAGACAUUUCUUAAUAUAAUUAAAGGAAAUGAAGACAUGGGAGAAGGGGAGAGUUGCAAUAGUGAUCUUAGGAAGAUGAUUGAUGAAAUCAAAGAAAAAGAAGCUUGGAUAAGACAAGUAAUGCCUGGAUCAAAUGGAAUUAUUCUCACAAAAAGACCAAUCACGCCAUCAGAAGAUGAAGAGAACUUGAACCGCAGAAGUAGAAGUGCAAAGCUCAGGGUUAUUCAAAAGCUUUGAAGAUUCAUAAGAUUGCUGUUUGGAGUAGAGCUCUUAGAAAUAUGUGUAUUCAUAAACUUGUCCGUAUCUUUGCUUUAGAAAUUAUAUUCACUCAUCAGUAGAAAAGUUCUAGGUUUUUGAAGAAAAACGAUAUUGAAAUAAAAAAAUUGAUGUCAUAUUUGAUGUCAAGUAUGACGUUUUUUUGGUUUUUA